UCGUCAGGAGGCGCCGCUCCUCAGUCCAGGCCCCGCCGCCGCCGCCCGGGCAGCAGCUGCUGAGCAUCUGUGGGCAGAGACACGGAGCGAUGGCCGCCCAGCCCCACAUCUUGGCCAGUGUCCCCCCCGAGGAGCGAGUGCGGUUGCUGACGAGGGGGGGCAGCACGGUAGAGGUGAACGACCACGUGCCCCCACGCAGGUAUUUCCGCUCCGGCGUUGAGAUGAUCCGCAUGGCGGCUGUGUACGCAGAGGAGGGUAACAUCGAGAGCGCGUUCCUGCUGUACAACAAGUACAUCACGUUGUUUCUGGAAAAGUUGCCUAAACACCGGGAUUACAAACUGAACACUGCCACAGAGAAGAAGGACACAAUGAAGAGGCUGAAGGAGAUCGCGUUCCCUCAGGCUGAGCUGCUGAAGGCAGAACUGCUGAAACGCUACAGUAAGGAAUUCGCUGAGUAUCAGGAGAGCAAGAGGAGGGUUGAGGAGGAGGCUGAGAGGCUGGAGGCCAGGCAGAGGCUGGAGGCCAGUGAGCGGGAGCGAGUGGCUGAGCUGAAGAAGCAGCAGUCGGAGCAGGAGGAGUUUCACGUGUUCGAGGAGAUGAUCCGGAGACAGGAGCUGGAGCGGGAGCGCCGAUGGGUGGUGCAGGAGUUUGUGAAGCCCCGCUCCCCCAGCCCGGACCCUCUCCAAUUCCCCCUGAUCCCCGGGGUUCAGCAGCCCCCACUUCCCGGGCUGUCGUCCCCUCACAUCUCCCCCCCUGCAGUCGAUCGCUCCAACAAACCCUCCUCCGCAUGGAACAAUGUUGGUGGUGAGGGGCUGAGGAAGGUGCUGAUACCAAAUGCUGUUUGUCUGAUGUUCCUGCGGCUGGCGGAGGCCAACACCAACCGAGGAGUGGAGACCUGCGGCAUUCUGUCCGGCAAACUGAUGAGGAACCAGUUCACAAUGAGCCACCUGAUUGUGCCGAAGCAGACAGGAGGCCCGGACUCGUGUGACACCGAGAACGAGGAGGAGAUUUUCCUGAUCCAGGAUCAACACGGUUUAAUAACCUUGGGCUGGAUCCAUACCCACCCGACCCAGACUGCGUUCCUGUCUAGUGUGGACCUGCACACUCACUGCUCCUACCAGCUCAUGCUCCCAGAGGCUGUUGCCAUCGUCUGCUCCCCCAAGUACAGCGAGACGGGGUUUUUCAGGCUGACAGAUCACGGGAUGGAGGAAGUGUCGUCGUGUAAAGAGAGAAAUUUUCACCCUCACAGCAAAGAGCCUCCUGUGUUUGCUGCCUGCCCUCAUGUGACGGUGACAGAGGAAGAUGUUACGGUGCUGGAUCUCCGAUGAUCUGGACAUAGUUUGAAAGUUCCUCAGGAACAGCAAAACACACGUAACUUUGACCGGCAAAUGCAUUUCCGUGUGAGUGAAUGUGUGUGUGUGUGGGUGGGGUGGGGGGUAGGUAGUGGGGAGGUGGUGGUGGUAGCAAAUGAACGAUUAUUUCUGGGGGUUUAAUUUUUAAUUUCAGGUGCAAUUCUCUUCGCCCCAGAGUGCAAUUAACUCCAUGUGCGGUUGAAGCUGUGAGUGAGACUGUUUAUCGUUUCAAUCUAACUUUGCACUUUGACUUCUGUUAAAGUCUCAAAUAAUAUAAAUAAAGGUGAUCAUUUUAUUUAACCCCC